CCUCCCUCUUCAGUCCGUGCUGCGCCGCUUCCGGUGAGCCCUUGCCCGCUUUCCGGUUACUUCGCACCGCGCACCCCACCCCCUCCGCUCCCGCUGGCGGAGUGAAUCCCGGCUCCUCGUUCGCCAUGGUGCGGUUCCUGCACAUCCAGAACCGGCAACGAGCCCCGCUGACCAUUUGCGGGGAUUGUCCUGCCGUGCAGGCAGAAGCAUCUCCAUAUUCCUUAGUUGACAUCUGCUUGAAUGCCUUGGUUGCCGAUUUAGAAAAAUUCUGUAUAGAACGGCCUGAUGGGUCACUGUGCUUGAAAGAAUCUGAAAGGCUUCCUCAAGAAGUGGCCGAUCGCUUGCUGCAGACAAUGGCAUAUCGAGAACUGUUGAAUGAUGGCACUGUAGGCAUUUUCCGAGGCAACCAGAUGCGUUUGAAGCAAGCUUGUAUCCGCAAAGCAAAGAUUUCAGCCCAGUCUUUCCGAAAAGCCUUCUGCCACCACAAACUAGUAGAACUGGAUGCUGCUGGGAUGAAUGACACUGUUACUGUUGCAGAUGUUGUGAGUGGGCUUGGCAGCAGUGCAUGGAUCCAGAACAACCUUCAGUGCCUUGUCUUGGACUCAUUAACUCUUUCCCCUACAAAUCCUUAUGAACGGUGCUUUAGUCAGUUGUCUGGUCUUCGUUCUUUGAGCAUUACCAAUGUGCUUUUCCGUGAUGAAGAUUUAGCAGAGGUUGCUACCCUGCCAAGGUUAGAAAGCUUGGAUAUCUCCAAUACUUCAGUCACAAAAAUAACUGCACUCCUGGCCUGCAAACAUCGACUUAAGUCUCUAACUAUGCAUAGCUUGAAAUGCUUGAAAAUGCCUACACCAAAGUUCUUAGACGUAAUAAGAGAACUAAAGCAUCUGAUUCACCUUGACAUCUCAGACGAGCAGCAUUCCACAUCAGAUAUUGCCUUUCGUUUGCUAGGCCAAAAAGAUAUUCUGCCCAAUCUUGUGUCUCUGGAUAUUUCUGGAAGCAAAUACAUUAACGAUGAGGCUGUUGAAGCUUUUGUCAGACAACGGCCAACGAUGCGGUUUGUGGGAUUGCUCGGGACUGAAGCUGGGUACACAGAGUUCCUUUCAGGAGAAGGAACCUUGAAGGUAUCGGGAGGAGAAAAUGAAAUGCAGAUUUCGGAAGCUUUGAAACGCUACAGUGAAAGGGCAUGCUUUGUGAAAGAAGCCUUUUUUCACCUUUUUACUCAAACGUGUUUUAUGAGAAUUACAAAGCCUGAAAUCCUAAAGCUUGUGAUCAUUGGAAUGAGGAAUCAUCCUUUGGACUUGGCAGUACAGUUAACUGCUAGUGCCUGUGCCCUUAACUUAACAAGACAAGGCUUAGCAGCAGGCAUGCCUGUUCGCCUGCUUUCCAGCGUGAUCCAGCUGCUCCUCAAAGCCAUGGAAACCUUUCCUGAACAGCAGCAGCUCCAGAAGAACUGUCUUCUUUCACUGUCCAGUGUCAGGAUCCUGCAAGACGUUCCAUUUAACAGGUUUGCAGCUGCGAAAUUUGUUGUCCAGUGGCUUUGUAACCAGGAAAACCAACAUAUACAAAGAAUUGCUGUUAAUAUAAUCUCUAUCCUAGCACUUAAGCUUUCAGACGAGCAAGCAGCACAGCUUGCUGCCGAGUUCUACAUUGUUGUUGGGAAACUACUUGAAAUCGUUGAACAGAAAAUAAAUCAGAAUGAAUUAGAUACAACUUUCCAUUUUACACUGAGCGCACUUUGGAAUCUCACAGAUGAAGCGCCAACUACGUGUGGGCACUUCAUUGAUAACAAAGGGUUGGAGCUUUUUAUGAGAGUUUUAGAGACUUUUUCAUCUGACUCUUCAAUACAGCAUAAAGUUCUUGGCCUUUUGAACAAUGUAGCAGAAGUGAGAGAGCUGCAGUCCAAGUUAAUGCAGAAGGACUUCAUAGAUCGUGUCAGUGAUCUGCUAAGCAGCGCCGAAAUGGAAGUGAACUACUUCUCAGCCGGGAUUAUUUCAAACUUGCUAUCUAGAGGCGAACAAUCCUGGGCAUUGAGUCAAACACUAAGAAGAUCCCUCAUUGAAAAACUGCAUGCAGCUCUGUUGAAGUGGCCGACACCAGAAUGCAAGAUGGUAGCACUGCCAGCCUAUAGGUCCCUCAAGCCUUUCUACCCAUUACUUGACUGCUUUGCAUUACCUGGAGUCCAGAUUUGGGCAGCGUGGGCCAUUCUGCACAUCUGUUGCAAAACCCCUGCCAGGUACUGUUCCAUGUUAAUAGAAGAGAAUGGGCUACAGCAUUUAUAUAAUAUUAAAGAAAAUGACCAGAGCGAUCCAGAUGUCCAGUAUCUAACAAACGAGAUACUAUCUUACGUGGACACUCAUAUGAAAUAUUAUGGGAAGCCUAAACAGCGAAAGGAGAUACAAGCCAAGUCAAAUGGAUAACCGAG